AUGUCCCAAAGUGCGACCACGGAGAUGAUGCAAAAGUCCGUUCUCACAGCGAGUCGGCGUGGGAGAAGGUUCUGGUACCUGACCAAGGGAAGAGAGCGCUGCGCCACAGGUGGCGUCGGCAAGACGUUUAUCCGAAGCUCGAAAAUGACGCUGAACGCGCCUACCCCUUUCCUCCCUCACCAAAUCACUACUGUACCGAUGAAGACGCGAGCCGCACGUGUUUGGACCGAACAGCUCCUGUUUGGAGGCCUCAGACGGGGCGCUGUGUCGCAACCAUCGCCAUUUCUGCGGACCUUCUUCGCUUCGACACGCUCCCCCGCUGCAUCAAGACUGCCAAGCAGACCCCUAGAGCAGAGUGCCCUGCUCUACUUCCGCUACCAACGCUCCGUUCUUGCCCGCCGCUUCCGAUCUCUGCGCUUCAAAAGCGACAGACCAAGCUCCCAGCACCCCGAUCCAACGCCACAUCUCGGCAGUCCAGAGCCGGCGCCCUCGCUAUCACAGCGGCUCAAGCAGUUAUCCCGCGAAUAUGGGUGGUCGGCGCUAGGUGUAUACCUUGCCUUGUCUGCGGUGGACUUUCCUAUUUGCUUCUUGGCUGUACGACUGCUUGGGACCGACAGGAUAGGUCACUAUGAGGACGUGGUGAAGACUGGAUUCUGGAAUAUUGUGCGGACCAUCUUCCCAGGCGCAGGGACCACGCCAGAAGAGGUGUCGGGAUCUCAAUCAGUCGCUGAGGCUACAGCAAGAGAAGGGGUUCUGGGCGUAAGCGAAGUUGCCGUUCAAGGACGCGGAGCGGACGCAUCAAUAUGGACCCAACUCGGUCUGGCCUAUAUCGUCCACAAAUCUCUCAUCGUAUUUCGAGUGCCGCUUACUGCAGCCGUCCUUCCAAAGGUUGUCAAAACGUUAAGGAAAUGGGGCUACGACAUCGGCAAGAAGAAGCCAAAGUCCGCCUAG